AAAAAAUCUUUUUUUUUCCAUCUCGUCAAACUUGAGUGUUGCAAAAUUGUGUUUUUGUUAAUUGUUGUUACAUAAAACCACAAUUUAAUGAAAACUGCCAAUAGUUCAGUGUAAAAUUAAUAAUCCCAUAUAAACAAUAUUUGAAUUAAUAUAAGUGAACAUUCUUCAACGUUAAUUUCAUAAUUUACCUUUGAACUUUUCGCCUGAUCAGGGCCAAAAACAAUUUAAAGAAAACUAAUUUAAACCCACUAAGGUUAUCACAAAAAUGGAAGAAUACACACGAGAACCGUGCCCCUGGAGAAUCGUAGACGAUUGCGGAGGGGCAUUCACAAUGGGACUUAUCGGAGGCGGUGUCUUUCAAAGCAUCAAAGGUUUCAGAAACGCCCCGUCAGGAAUGAAUAGAAGACUAAUUGGAUCUCUGACAGCCAUAAAGCAAAGAUCUCCGAUUAUAGCGGGCAAUUUUGCAGUUUGGGGCGGUAUGUUUUCGACAAUUGAUUGCGCCCUUAUCCACGUCAGAAAGAAGGAGGACCCUUGGAAUUCUAUUAUCAGUGGGGCGGCCACUGGAGGUAUUUUGGCCGCUAGGAAUGGGUUACCUGCUAUGGCUGGAAGCGCAUUUAUUGGUGGUGUUCUUCUAGCACUUAUCGAAGGGGUAGGAAUUCUAUUCACCAGACUCAGCGCCGAACAGUUUCAGCCUCAACUACCUCCGCUGGAAGAUCCGUCGCAACUGGGCCAAAAUCAGCCCCCUCCUGGCUAUCAAUAUCAAUAGCUUUAUCAUUACUAGAACCUUGGUUUUAUAUAGAAAAUGUUGUAAUAAAUCUUGUGAUAGACUUCUUGCGAGUACGGAAUGAGUUUGCCUUAUUUAAGUUCUGCCCGUCUUGGUUACAUUAUUUAUUUUGAAGCUGGAUUGUAUAUUAUGAUUAAGGAGAAUUAAAAAAGCUGCUUUGCCCAAAAUAAAAGAUCAUAUUUUUCUAUAUGAAAUCAUAGAUUAUAUUAUUCAACAACUCAUUAUUGGAAUUUAGUGCUGCACAAAAUUAAAAUUAACAAAAUUUAGUACAAAGAUGCAACCUUGAUUUAACUCUAGGUUUUCUAUGACUGUAAUUUUUUUCAAAAAAAAAAAUCUCUGGAAUAAUUAGCAUUGGAAAACGUAGAUUGUCAUCAAUUAAAAAAGCCUUAAUUAUUUUUACAUAUUAUUAGAUUUUAUGGCUUAUUAAAAUUAUAUUAUUUAUUUGCAAUUUUUUAGCCCUUGAAUAGUAAUACAUAUCUAAACAGAAACACCUAAUCUAUAAAGUUGAAUUCUACGUUUUCCGAGCCAAAAACUAACCUAACCCUGUGGAAAAAUAUUUAAAAAAAAAAACAAAGUCCGUUUAUCGCUUGUACGGAUGGUACCCUGUGCCAGGAAGCCCGUAAGAAUUCCUUUGGGGUCCUCCCGAGUACGAGUCACCUCCUGCGGCCGAAGGGGAGU